UUUCAGCGACAGUUUGAACGAUCAUCUAUCUUUCACGAUUAUUACUACACGUUUCUUUCGAAACGAAAAACUUUUGUAAGAAAUUACAUUUCGUUGGACGUGUAAAUCUCUUAGUUCGUGCCGAAGCAUAAACUAUUCAUCCAUAUUCGACUAUUACUCUGAUAACUUUGUGAAAACGUAAGAAACUAACUCAAGAAUACGUAAACGAUUCGUUAAUAAGGAAACUUUAUCGAUCGUACAUAAUAACCUAUCUACCUAUCGAUAUUUGUUUUGCUUUAUUUUCGACGAAGGUUUCCUUUUAAGAUAAACGCCAAAAUAUGUUUCAGUCUUUCAGCGACCUUCGACGAGCGAACUACCUCUGAAAUCUUAAAUCCACUUUAUUAAUUACUUAGAUAUUAAUUAAUUAAUAUUACUAAAUAGAUAAUAAUACUACAGACUUACAACAAAAGGAAGAAAUAAUCGUUAUUCAAUUAGCAAAAAAAAAAGAAGUAUGAGAAUAAAACAAUACACGAAAUUCUUUUACGACGAGAAAGUAUUGACCUGGAGUAAAAGGCUUCUAACUUUACCAGGACUUUGGCCAGAAAAUCCUAAUGAUUUUCGUUUCUUUUUUUACGUCGUUUACGUUGUCCUAUUCACCUGUUUAGAACUCGUUGGACUUUUUCAAAGUUUGCACGAUCUCGACAGAACUCUUCGAAACGUGACGCUUUCUUUACCAACUAUAUUGAUCGUCUUAAAAGCUUUAAUGUUUCGAUGGAAGAUGCAUCUAGUUUUACCAAUCUUAGAGAUCGUCAAGAGAGAUAUAUCCCGAGGAUUAUAUCAAACGAAUAACGAAAAAGAAAGAAUCGUUUGGUAUAAUAUGGCAGCUACUAUGUUUACAACGUCCUCGGCAACGUCCCUUUUCUUCGUUCCCACUUUGUUUUACUGCAAACCGAUUUUCGAAUGUAUUCUUUCCAAUUUCGAUAAUUGCACGCUUCCGUACGAGUUACCAGUACGAAUAAAUUACGUCUACGACGUGACAGAUGUGCGUAAGUACGCGAUGUUCUGUAUCUGGUUGAUACCAGCCAGUACUAUGUUAACCAUAGGUGCAACUGGUGCGGACAGUCUUCUCGUCACUUUGACGUUUUAUCUAUGCGGACAAUUAUCGAUUCUUGGAAAUCGUUUGAAAAACGUUAAUCUAGAAAUGGGAAAGCAUCAUUGCGAAAUGAAACUUCUGAUCGAUCGACACGCCGAACUCGUAAGAUUGGCUUUGAUUUUAAAGAAUGCCUUCAGUUUUCUCAUGUUCGUGCAGACGUUAGGUUUGAUAUGUUCUCUCUGCGUUGUGGCCUAUCAAUUACUCACGACGUCGGAGAACGGUAAGGAUCUAAACACGAUACACUUCGUCUUAUAUUCCUGUGCUGUCGUACUUCUGGCGUUUUGUUAUUGCUUUUUAGGAGAAUGUUUGAUCGAGGAGAGUAGCGCCAUUGAUUUGGGUUGUUAUCUUACGAAUUGGUACGAAUUACCCGCAAAAGAAAUACGUUCGAUGAUGUUUUGUAUCGCUCGAUCGAGAAGACCUUCUUAUCUAACAGCUGGACAAUUCUACGUUUUUUCUCUCGAAACUUUUGCAGUCAUCAUGAAAGCUUCUAUGGCCUAUCUCUCGGUUUUGAGGACUAUCACGUAACAAAUGUGAAAAGAGAUGGAGGAAGGAGCCUCGUCGAGAAGAAGGAUGAGAACAU